GUCCCUACUCCUCACAGAUAAUCGUGCAAUACCAGGGUCAUUCUACGUGGUGUCAAGCUGCCAGGAUACCAAACUUCCUUCUGGAUCGAUUCCAGAUGACGACCUGUCAGCUCAUUAAUCAUUCGCCGCGGCAUGGAAUCACGUACUGUAGAUUUUGCCUUUGGCGCACGGGAUCCAAUAUCCUCUUCAGGCAACGAUUUGCCCGUCCAAUUAAGAAAUACCUUUGCACAUGUUGCAGGAGACAGACGUACAUGGUGCAUACGUAUCGGCAUCUAUAAAUACCAGGGACUUGGGCCCCAUACGGCGUGUCGGCCAAAUUGUAUUGAGAGCUGAGGUCAGGCGAGAGCUUCAAGUAUACACUCGCAAUGUCCGAACUUGAGCGCACGUUGCCAGCUUCCUGGUAUCGUAGUCCGCCUCUCUAUCAGCUUGAGCGAAGAGCUGUCUUCUUCAAGUCAUGGUAUCUCAUGGGCCCAGUCACCCGGUUCCGUGAUGUUGGCGCCAGUGUUGAAUAUGAGAUUGCUCAGCGGCCAAUUCGCGUGUUUCGAAACUCGGGAGACGAGCCUUUUCCGGGAGAUGAGGAAAUAUCGGUGGUUUGUGCGCAGAGUGAGCGGCCUCUACGGCACCAUGUCACACCCACCGGCCUCGUCUUCGCUACUCUAUCAGACGAAGCACCCAGCUUCCACGAGUAUUUCCCGGAGCUGGAGCCCUUGCUCCAAAGAGUGAACUUUACCAAGCUCCCGUACCGACACAGCAUCAAGUACGAGGGACGCUUUAACUGGAAAACCAUGGUCGAUGGCUACCAGGAAUGCCUGCAUUGUCAAUACACGCAUCCGUCAUUCUCCGUCUACUACCCGCCAACCUCCUAUGCAGUGCACAACCAUCAGAACUUCUCGCAGCACAUUGCGAAUCCAAAUAAGCCCGACGACGGCCUUUUCCUCUAUUUCUUUCCAAACUGCACUUUGAAUGUCUACGGUGGGGGGAUGUCCUCAUUUCGAAUAUGCCCCACGGAUGAUCCCAACGUGACGAGGAUGGAGUUCGACUACUAUCACAUGGAGUCGGGCGAGAAGUUCGAGGAAUACUUCAGAUUCGUCCGUCAAGUCGCUCUAGAAGACUACGAGCUCUGUGAAAAGGCCCAAGACAACCUUACCAAGGGGAUCUAUAGCGAAGGAAUACUCAACCCAGAGAAGGAAAGCGGGGUCUCGUUCUACCAGGAUCGUGUUUUUGAGCUUGUAUGCCAGCAGCAUACGACAGAAAGAAUGGAGAAGGAGCCCAACCAAGCCGGGCUGGAAGGCCAGACAAGUGGACUUGAACAUGUCACAACAGCUGCAUGAGAUAAUGCAACUGAGAUUGGGGGGGGGGUGCAGGCUACUUACUAUCAGUCGUACCAUGUAGUGGUCUUGCUAUAGCACGAUGCAGCUAGUAGAAAGUUUGUGGUAGAGGCGUGAGGUGCAAAUUGAGAACUCUCCAUGCUGGAUAGGCCAACAACUAGCCGAGAGAGAAAGCUCCUGCUGCACCUAGCAUCAUCCCUGAUACGUGGAUGCAGG